GCCAUCAAUCUAGUUUAACAUUUCUUUUGUUUUCUGCCAUGUUUCCAUCCUCUGGUCUUUUUAUUAAUAUAAACUGCCCCUUUUCACGACACGGGCUCUGUGAGAGACCUCAUUGUUUGUACAAACAUGCCACAGAAGCGAGGGGGACGUUUGGUGGCGUGUCUAAAUCACCCACAGCGGAGCUAACAGGGCAAACAGGAAAUCUGUAUGGCAACCGCUUCAGACCAGUAAACGCAGACUCCCUGCAUGAGCUGCAAAGACUGGAAAAGGAGAUUGAAACUGCAAGGCACGAAGUGGAACAGGAGCAGCGCCGCCUCUCAUGCUAUCAGACCAACUGGGCGGACAGAAGUGGCAAUAAACCUCCAACAAAAUGUGAGGCCAGCGUUUCCUGUGGACUUCCUUCAAGCAAAGGACAUAAAUCCAGUGUGCAGGCAAUGAAGUAUGUGGUGGACAGCUCAAAGCCAAGGACUGAUUUAGAGUAUGAUCCACUCUCCAACUUUUCUGCCGCCUUGCGGUCUUACAGCUCAUCAGGAAAAGUGAAAAACCGACAAGACGGAAGGAGCUCGAGAUCUGUGGAGAAGCCGACUACUCAUCAAGCCCAGCUCAACCGACCUUCAUCUCCGCCAGACCUUGAUGACUCUUUUGAAGAUGGUGUCCUUGUUAUUGAUGUUUCUUUAUCUCCAGACAAAACUAGUGAUCAAACUCCAAAUGCCGCCGCUGACGUGGCAUCAGAGACAUCCUCCGAGGGAACAGAGAGAGCCAGGAAGGAGAUUAAAACCCAUAAUGUUCUUCUUGAUUCCUCACCGCAGAAAAUAACUCCUCAGGUGGUAAAUGCUGCUUGGUCAUCCACCGCCAGCAACAAUGUAAACAAAGAGCCUGAUUGUUGUCUAAUAGAGAGCAAUCCAGUCUCAUCUGCUUCUGAAAAAGCCAAAGAUUACAGCAAUGAUAGUAGUGGGUUUAAUUUAACCGGAUGUCUAGUAGAACUUGAAAGAGGACGUGAAAACCCUGGUCUACGGUCACCUGAGAUGCCAACCAAAAAAAAUGAAUCCCAAAGUUUUUCCACCACCUCAGAUCACUUGGGUAACCCUCACAAUAAACUGAUCUCUAAUACUGGGAAAUAUAAUCCACAGCCGCAUUGUUCCCUUUUUCGUAAGCAACCAGAUCCAGAUUCAGCCAAGCAAGCCUUGGUGACAGAGGUUCAGAGCCACGUCCCUUAUACGCAAAGCGCGCAGUCGGACGCUGCAGCUCGUGAAAAAACGGCAGAGAAAACAAACCUGCAGCAAGCAGAUGGAGGACCAGGCAAUAGCCAGAUCUGGUCUCCUGAUGUUGCAUCAGUAAAUCCCCAUGGCAGAGCUGAUUCAUCUGACCUCACAGAACAGCUUCACCAGGAGGAGGAUGAAGCAGUGAUAGUAAUAAACUCCAGCGCUGAGGAGGACGAGCUGGAUUACUCAGAGAUGGAGCUGUCUGAUAGCGACCCGAUGGAGGAAUGCUACAGGAUCUUCAUGGAGGCAAAUGGCGAGGAAAGAGGAAACGAGGAGCAGGGUAGCACUUCUAUGACGGUUGUCAUGGAUGUUGAGAAACCAGAGGUUAAAGCUGCAGGCCAGAGUUUCACAGGGAAAAAGAGAGUUGCUCAUGAAGCUAAGAACCUAGAGCAGCCGCUGGCUAAGAUGAGACCUCAGCCUCAGGUUCUGGUUCCUCUGCGGGAGCCGUCGGCUGCAGGGUUGAACUCCCGGGCUACCGUCGCUUCUAAGACCCAGCAGCUUCAGCACAGAGCCUCGAUACCGUCUGUCCCGGUUAAAAUCGCUCAGAAUAUUCUGUCUUCUGGGAGCCAGAAAAAAGACACACAGAUGGCAGCUUCAGCUUCAACCCUGAAAAACCUUCAGCCUUCCCCGACGCCAAAUGCUUGUGUGAACUUCAUCCCCAUUGGAACUGCAGUCAUUGAAGUGGGAAACAACGUGCACCUGAUCCUCCCACAGGGCAGCUUCCCUCUCUCCGUCUCCUCCGCUUCCAGCCCAGUUACUUCUGUGCUGACUCCAGUGAGCCGGGUUCAUCCAAACCCUGGCACACUCAAACAAACUAGCGCUCCUGCUGCAGUGACUCCUUUGCCAAGACAUCGCUCCACUGUGCCUGUGCUCAUUGCUGCUCCAGCGCGACGACCUGCACUCGGCUCUGCUUUGGCAUCGACCUCUGUGCAGGCAGCAGUUGGAGCCUCCACGACUUCUCAAGCUGCUGGCCAAGCAGCUGUUAAGCCUCUGCCAGUGAAAAGGAAGCUGAAGCAGCAAAGUGAAACGGCAAAAGAGAAAGUUCCCCACGAUGUCCGUCAGCGGUACGUGAACAUGUUCACAGAGGAGUUCCUUAAAACCACAGCUGAUGUCAAUGAGGCUUUUGAGAAGGCCCUAACUGAGGAGAAGAGCGUGUACAACCGCAGCGUCAACAAACUCAAAUAUCUCAGCAUUGCAGUGAACGCCCUCAAAAGACUGAAGAACCAAAGUGCUUCUGCUAAAAAUGAAAAACAGGUCCAGAAUCAAAAACCAAAAGGCAACAUCCCAUUUAUCCGAAAAAAGAUGAAAGAAAAUGCAGGUGAUAUGGUGUUGUAUGAAAUUUUCAAGGGUUAUACUUUGACUGAUGAACAAAUGAUAGAAAACAACUAUCCUAUCCAGCACCCAGAAAAAGCAAGUUCUGCUGUUCUUUUUUCUGAGAAGAAAGUGAGCACAGACCCCCUUAAAAGGAUCUGCUGUCGAUGCGGGGCCACGUACGCUGUCAAUCAAACAGGCAAACACCUCCGAAAAGAGGAGUGCAACUACCACUAUGGGAAAGGAGUUACCAACAGAGUUCCAGGGGGAGUGGAAACUCGCUACAGCUGCUGUCAGGGAGUCAUGGGAGCUCCUGGAUGUCAAAUGUUUAAGUUGCAUGUCCAUGAUUUUCUCAGCUUGGAUGGGUUUGUAUCUACUGCACCCAGAUGUCCCUCAGACAUGAGCUGUCCUGGAGUUUAUUCCCUGGAUUGUGAAAUGUGUUACACUGUUCAAGGGCUGGAGCUGUCCAGAGUGACGGUGAUCAACUCCAACCUUCAGGUCGUCUACGACACCUUUGUCAGACCUGAUAAUGAGGUCAUCGACUAUAACACCAGGUUUUCAGGAAUCAGUGAGGAAGAUGUGAAAGGUAACCAUCCCUCCCUCAGGGAGGUCCAGGAGACUUUGUUGAGCUUCAUCAGUGCAGACACUAUUCUGGUUGGACAUGGCCUGGAAACAGACCUUUGUUUACUCAAGUUGCUUCAUGGGUUGGUGGUAGACACUUCGGUGGUCUUCCCUCAUCGUCUAGGACCACCUAACAAGCUGAGCCUCAACAGUCUCACAGCUGAAUACCUCAGGAGGAUUAUUCAAGAGAGUGUUUGUGGCCACGACACUGAGGAAGAUGCAUCUGCCUGCAUGGAGCUUAUGCUGUGGAAGAUGAAAGAAGAUGGGAAACUGAAAAAAUGAGGAGCUACCGCAAUAGCUCAAUAAGAAACAUAUGUAUAUUUGUGUGACAAAGAAAAAGGGCUGUUUAUUUUUUUUUGUUUUUACUUAAAUUGG